AUGAAUCCAUUAUGUUCUCAAGUGAAAUUUAUCAUAACUGAUGAUGAUAUCAACAGAAAUGAAAAAUGUUUAACAUUUGUUCGGCCAAGACUUGUCGACUAUUUGGACGAUGGUCAUGGUGAUAUUAGUCCUUUAGUUUUAAUCGGUUUACGGGGUCUUCAACCCGUUUAUCGGGUUACUCAUACAUGUGCUUUAGAUCGUGAAGGUGAUAACAUAGGCGAUUUCGAGGUACAUUGGCCUCCUCUCUUUCCAAAUGUACGAGUAUCCAUAUGUGAAGUUCUUCAACUCGAUGUUACUAUUCGUAUUAAGCCGUCGGAUAAACCUACUCCACGUCUUGAAGGUGCUGAUGAUGAUAAUAAUAAUAGUAUUGCUACUGAUGAUAAUGAUGAUUAUGCCAAUCAAGCUGGUGAUGAUGAUUAUCAUAGUGAUGAAUAUACUGAUUAUGAUCAUGUUGACGAUUUUAAUAAUGGUUCUGAUUACAAUGAAUAUGAUUUCAUUGAUGAUGAUGAUGUUGACGAUGAUAAGGAUGGUCUUGGUGAUGCUAGUCGAAAUUAA